CCUUCCGAAAUCUGAGAUCUUCUGGUUUGAGGUUCAAAUCCGGCACAUCAAGGAACAUUGAGACACUUUAAGUUUACAGACAACAACAACAAUCUGAGAAGUGUUGAAAAGGGAGAAACAACUCGUACUUGGAGCUGCUGGUCAUGGGAGACGUUGCGAAAGGGAAGAAGGUGUUUGUCCAGAAAUGUUCCCAGUGUCACACAGUGGAUGAGGGGGGACGCCACAAGCAGGGACCCAACCUGUGGGGGCUGUUUGGACGGAGGACGGGGCAGUCGCCGGGCUACUCCUACACGCAGGCCAACAUCGAUAAAGGUAUCGUAUGGGAUGAGGAAACUCUAAACAUCUACCUUGAAAAUCCAAAGAAGUACAUUCCUGGUACCAAGAUGAUCUUCUCCGGGAUCAGAAAGAAAAGGGAAAGAAAAGAUAUUAUUGCCUAUUUAAAGGAUGCCACCUCCUCCUCUUCCUAAUAUACUGAUGACAUAGAGCACACACAAACAGCAGUGGAUUAAGUAUUACGCUGUAUGUUCAUGGAGAAAAACAACAAGUGUGCUCUAUGUUUUCAUUUUAAGUAGGUUUUUCUAUUUAAGUCAGUACAUUUUGUUACAUCACAACAAAGCUGCCACACUGUUUUGUGUGCAGGAGGCUUUUUUUUUAAAUCAUCAAAUGAGUCAGCCUUCCUGCAGCUUGUGGAUUUUCUUAACAUCUCUCAGUCAAGGCUUCCUAAAGAGGCUCUUUGGGAUUUCAUUGUGUAACUAAAACUUCUACUGCUGCUGCUUGCCCAGAAACUACACACUUCUGACACUUUAGCUCUCCUCGCAUUAUCGAUCACUGUUAGUGUUUAUUUUUCUAUUAUAUUGCAUUUACUGCUUGUUAAGUCUUAUCUGUUUACGUGUCUUAAAAAUGGGUGUUAAAAGUAUUUUUACUCAUAUUUUUAAGCCACUGGGUGUUACGGACUUCGAUUGUUACAAGGUUGCACUUUAUUAUGUUUUGUAUUCAUGCAUUUUCUAAAUCCUUUUCUGUUAGAUGUAAGGACAGGGGGGUCAAUUUGGUCCAAUACCGACCAGCUGGAUAAGGGACUAUGCUAAGCACCUGCAUUUAUAUUAUAUUCUUUACACUGAGUUGCUUUUUUUUUUUUAUACCUUGUUGUACAUUUUUUUCAGACAGCCUUGACUCUGACUUUGACUAAAUGAAUAUGGUAAUAAAUGAUAUAUCCCUUUUGUUAAAUA